GUUGUCAUGACGGUGAAAGAUUCACUGACACCGUUUCGCAGUUAACCGCUGUGAGUGAAAUUCCUGUGCAAAGUCACGUGAUCGCAGGUUGUCAUAAAAUGUGGACGUGUGCAGGAUCUGCUGAUGCUGGUACAGUUUGGGUACGUCCUGAUGACGGUGGCCGGUGCUGCCCUCUACCCACCCUGCGUGUUCAACCCCCUAUGCAGUUGCUCCAAAUCGUUGCCCGACCUGGGGCUCGUCUUCUGUGAGGACGUGCCCCUGCUCCGAAUCCCACCCGCUAUCAACAGCUCCAAGGUGUUCAUGCUGCACCUGGAGAACAACGGGCUCCGCUCCGUCGAGCCCUACUUCCUGCAGGGAACAGGACUGUACCGCCUCGAGAUCAGUCGGAACCUGCUGCCUACAGUCCCAGACGAGGCGUUCUUUGGACUGGAGCGCUCCUUGUGGGAGCUGAAACUUCAGUACAACGACCUGACCGAUGUGCCCAGCAGGGCCUUGAGGCAGCUCCAGAAACUUCGGCUCCUGGACCUCACAGGAAAUGACAUCGGAGAACUGGCGACGGAGAACUGGCGAGGGUUGGAGAACUCGCUGCAGACGCUCAUCCUGGCGGACAACGCGCUUCGCUCACUCCCCGCCGAAGCGUUCAGCUCACUAACACUCCUGGAGAUACUCGAUCUUCGCACUAACCACUUGUCGGAACUGAACCUCGACGUGUUUCGCUCUGGCCCUUCCCGUCUGUCGAGGCUCCUGCUGGCAGACAACCAGCUAAACAGCGUGCCCUACCAGCAGGUCGGGACACUGCGCACGCUCAAAACACUGGACCUAGCCAGCAACAACAUCGAGAGGCUACAUUCAGAGCACCAGGCGUCGGGAGCUCCCCUGUCUCUGGACACACUCAGCCUGGACUUUAAUAAGAUCGAACUUCUGCCGUCUAGGGCCUUCCAGCACUUCGACAUUCUCAACAAAACGUCUCUAGACGGCAACCCUCUCGUCACGAUAGAGUCUGACGCGUUCAGGGACGCUCGUAUCCGGGAUCUUACGAUUCGGGGUUGCGGCCUAACCAACCUGCCCGAAGGAGCGUUUGCAGGUCUGGAGGCAACUCUGCAGGCGUUAGACCUGGGAUCCAACAACCUCACCGACUUUCCCCGCCAACUGCUCUCCGACUUCGACUUCCUGCGCACGCUCACACUACAAGGCAACAGAUUGGCAACCAUCAGCUCUUCGGACACUCUCAAGGGCUUUCAGUAUUCCCUUUACCGCCUGGACCUGAGCGGCCCAGAAAUGGGCAUCACAUCGCUACAGGAUCUCCGCAGGAUGCGCAACCUGAGGUUCGCGUCGCUGAGUCGCUUGCCACGGCCGCACUUGUCACCCGAAGACUUCGAGGAGUUCGGCGUGGACCUGGAGGAACUGCGAGUGACCAACAGCGACCUGGGGGUCAUCAAGAACAACGCGUUCCGCCAUGUGCGGGGCCUCAAGGCACUCGACCUCUCCGAGAAUGUGAUCAGUCAACUCGAGAAUGAGGCGUUCACAGACGUCGGGCAUUCACUGGAGACGCUGAAGGUGUCCCAUGGUUUGGCGGCUUCUCUUAGCAGCGUUCCAGCCGAGGCCAUGCGACCUCUGACGAAUGUCCAGCACCUGGACUUGAGCAACAACAGACUGAGGUCCGUGCCUGAGACGUCUUUCCACUUCCUGAAGCGUCUCCGGGUCCUGGAACUGCAGCAUAACCAGAUCGACGCCGUGCAAAAGGGAACUUUUCAGGGCGUUAUCCACGUCGCCCUGGAGGAGCUUCACCUCUCAUUCAACAGCCUUGAGUCCGUCAACAUGCACACGUUCGUGGACCUGCCGUCACUGGAGGAACUACGCCUGGAGGACAACAAGAUCGCGCGCAUCGACCGACGAGCCUUUAUGAACAUGGACCGGCUCACGAGACUGGACCUGCGCGGGAACAAGUUGAGGGACAUCUCCGACGAGGCCUUCCAGAACUUGCCCGAGCUCGAACUGCUUAACCUCGCGUACAACAAGCUGCAGUCUCUCGACUUCUCAAUGCUGGAUCAGGUUGGCACGCUCUCGUCCUUCCGUCUGAACGUGAGUCACAACGCCCUGCAGCUCCUGGAGCCGAACGCCACGAAGGGUCGCGGCGGCGAGGUGUCGAACGUCAGGGUGCUGGACCUGUCGUACAACAACAUAACGCGGGUGGUGCGGAACUACUUGAGACCGGCGGAACGCUCCCUAACACACCUGCACCUGUCCCACAACCGCCUGAGCAACGCCACCCGCGAGGUGUUCGGCGGUAUGCCGCACCUGCAGUGGUUGGACCUCGGCGACAACGAGCUGGCGGAGCUUGAAUACGACGUCUUCCGCAACACGAGGAACCUUCAGGUGCUGAUCCUUUCACACAACAAGCUUGCCAACAUCCCCGCGGAAGUGUUCAGGCCCACCUCGGGCCUGCGUGUACUAGACGCGUCUCACAACAAACUGCGCUCUCUGCCCGACGCGCUCUUCAGCGACGGAGGGAUGGAACGGCUCGCGCUGGCCCAUAACCAGUUCCCCGACCUCCCGCUGUCCAGCCUGAGACCCGCGGCUGCGGCCACUCUGCGUGAACUCGACCUGUCGUCGAACUCCAUCGCGUCCCUCAGCAGCCCCGACGUCUUAUCGCGGUUUAAGUCGCUGAUGCUGUUGGACAUCUCGCACAACCAUCUGUUAAGGAUCGAUGACUCGGCCUUCUCGACCCUCGGCCGCCUGUCGUUCCUGGACUUGAGUCACAACUCGGAGGUUGUUCUGGACCCUCGAGGUCGCAGUUUCAAGGGCCUCGAGAGCUCCCUGCUGCAGCUGCAUCUCCGCAACGCCUCGCUGGGCUCUGUACCCGAGCUGACGCUCCCGGCACUUCGUACCCUGUGCCUGGCACACAACCACAUCCAGGAUGUCCCCAUCGAGAUGGCCAGCAGCUUGGCCUCGCUGCAGCGGCUUGAUGUGUCCUACAACCAGCUGCAAACAGUACCAUCAGCAGCGCGCUCUUUGCCUCGCCUCAGACACCUGGAACUUGCGGCCAACCCCAUUACAACUCUGAGCAACGCCAGUUUCCAAGGAGCCAUAGAAAACCUUCAGUCACUGGACAUCCGACACCUCGAACUCAUCUACUUUGAGCACGGUGCACUCAGUAGGAUGACGUCACUCAGAACGCUGUAUAUAAGUCCGUAUUCCGAUGUUCGCGAUUUCAACAUACCACAGAGAAUUCAGCAGAACUCUGGUCUGAGGAAUCUGCACAUACAAGUUCUGGAGGAGAGUGACCUUGAGAAAGAGCUGUCGGGCGCUCUACCGAACAAAGUCCGAAAUAUCACCAUCAGCGGCGAGAGACUGGAGUCCGUCCCACAAAGCCUCUUUAAAGGUGUGCGAAGCCCCAGCCUACACUUCACUCUUCGCAACACAAGUGUGAAGACACUGCCCAGGUCGCUUUUCGAGCAAACGAGCUGGGUUCGAAACCUGAGUAUAGAUGUGAGAAACAAUUCGCUCCAGUCCCUGGGGAACCCAAACACAGGAGAGUUCCCGGGAGUUCCCCGUAAGAUGUUCACCACGGAACUGCAGCUCGAGGGAAACAGAUGGACGUGCGACUGCCAACUGGGGUGGAUAGAGGUGUGGCUACGUAAAAAAAGGCAGUACCUGUGUCCGGAGGGCAGGCGGGAGUGCCUUGAGGACGACGACCUGCGCGAGGCUCGAUGCGAGAACCACAACAACGAGUCGCUGAUUGAGGUGCUCAAGUCGGAGGUGGAGUGCGGCUGGGGGUCAGGUAGCCCCGCCACGAGGCCGUCCUGGGUGCUUGAGGUCGCCGUCAUUGGCUCCACCGUCAUCAGGAUCCUUGGACACGGCGUUCCCGACAGACCCUUAUAGGAUGUUCGCCACACAUGCAGGCCUGCCGCGUAAAGGAUUACGUCUUAUAACACAUGAUACAAGGCCCACAGCAGAAAACAUUAAUUGUUAACCGAAUAUGACAGACAAAAACUUCGAGAUAACAAUUAUAUAUAGCAUGACUGUCGAAUUUUGGUUUCAAGCAAAUACCGAGAUCAUGAAAAAUGUAAGCUUACUCCUACAGUUCUGAGAGAAAUGAACCCAGUGAACACCCUC